AUGAAGUUCCUGGAGCAGGGCCGUUUACUCUCAGACCUUCAGCACGGCUUCAGACAGAACCGCUCGUGCCUUUCCAGUUUAUUAAUCUCGACGGAACAAUGGACUCGCGCACUGGAUGAGGAUGGGAGGGUCGAUGUCAUCUACACAGACUUUAAGAAGGCGUUCGACAGCGUCCCACACAAACGCCUAAUCUACAAACUUCCUGAAAUUGGGAUAAGAGGAACGCUGCAGAAAUGGAUAACGGAUUUUCUUAGCGGGAGAUCACAAAGCGUGUGCAUUGAGGCCUCAAGGUCAACCCCUACCCCCGUUCUAAGUGGUGUACCCCAGGGCUCCGUCCUAGGGCCGCUGCUAUUCCUGAUUUACGUUAACGACUGCAUCGACGACCUGGGAUGCAGCGCCAUCAUGUUUGCUGACGAUGUUAAGCUGUGGAGACCCAUAAGAUCUGACGCAGACAGGUACGCGCUUCAAGACAGUCUCAACCGUCUGAACAGUUGGUCAGCUCGUUCGCUCCUUAAUUUUAAUGUGGACAAAUGUGUGGUCCUGAGACUCCGCACCAAAAAGACCAGUAAGGAGCACGAUUCCUUUCAAUACGUCCUUGGUGGUCAGCCCCUUUCAAAUGUUGUGGAACAGAAAGACCUCGGCGUCAUAAUGACCUCCUCGCUGAAACCAUCAUCACAGUGUCAAAGGGCAGCCAAAAGUGCGAUAAGGGUGCUAUUUGCGCUGAGGCGAGGAUUUGUGCAGAUCGAUUAAGAGCUAUUCGGGAAAACCUAUGGAGCAUUCGUCCGGUCUCACUUAGAGUACGCAGUCCAGGCCUGGCGACCGUGGUUGAAGAAAGAUUAUCAACGACUGGAAAGGGUACAGGCGAUGGCUACGAAGAUGGUCAAGAAUCUUCACCAUCUGCCUUACGAAACCAGGCUGACCGAACUAAAUCUGUUUCCUAUAAAUUACAGGCAACUGCGCGGCGAUCUCAUUCAAACCUACAGGAUUGUCAGAGGUCGUGAGUGUGCCCUAGACUUUGAUGAAUUCUUCGAAUUGGCCGGGACUGACCGCCUGCGUGGUCAUCCCUUCAAGCUGCAGAGGAAGCUGGCCCAUUCGGACGUCCGACGGAUCGCCUUCUCUCACAGGGUCAUUGGGGCAUGCAACGGACUCCCUGAUGUAGUGGUUCUUUCCGAAAUUAUCGAUUCCUUCAAAUGUAGACUAGAUGCUCAUUUGCAGAAAAACUAUUGUACAUACAACAACGAUUGUUUUAGCGGCGGCAGUUUGCGCCUGGCUCACACUUACCGCUAAUUUUUUUAACUUUCCGCAUUUGCUGAUAUAAUUGAUGACUUUAUUUUUGUUUAUCGAUAUGAAUAGGGAGCACAAGGGCGAAAGCCUAAUUCCCUUAAUAAACUGACUUAAACCGAUGCGUUACUUUGCCGGCUGCCUACCAAGAACUACGGGUGAAGUUCAGUAGGCAGGUCCACCGACGAGUCGUCAGGCCAGAGACGGCAGUAGUCAAACCCGGACCAAGAGGGAACAUGGACAAGCAUAGACAGGCAUCGGGAACGGACGAAACCAGGGGACAAUCGGCGGCGAACGCAAACCCGGGAGACCGCCUUCCGGGUCCGAAAGCAGAUAGACGCCAGCACUCGAUGAGACCGCUCGACAGCGACAGGACCCCCACCCCGGCGUCAACACUGACAUGACAGCCAUCGGCAACACGGUUACGGGCAGGUGUGGACGGGACAGCGAGAUGAGAUCCCACGACAGCUACAGGAACCCCCAGCCUGACGUCAACAGUGGCGUGACAACCACCGUCAACACGUUUACGGACAGGUGUGAAUGGGACAGCGAGACGAGGCCCCACUACAGUGACAGGAAUCCCCAGCCUGACGUCAACAGUGGCAUGACAACCACCGUCCAUGCGGUUACAGGCAGGUGCAGACGGGGUAGGAAGGCGAGAUGCGUCGAGGGCGUACAACGGACAAUGCAAACAAGAGCAAUGGCCGCGGUCACCCUGACGCCGCCCCCCUACACCCGACAAAGGAUGAGGAAGAACCGAUGCCGCCAUGACAACCAUCGCCAUACCUUGUGAUGCAGCGCGCUGGAAGUCAAUGACACGCCAGCACGAAGGAAAACCCAUAAAUACUGUGACGUGCAGUGCGCAACCCACCUCCGAUGAUGGAAGCUUGUCUGCUUUCCAAACGUCAGGCAAAUAAAUCCAUGGUUCCUGUGAUCGCCUUAUCUUCUCAUACAUGCAUACUUACAUACAUACACGACAGUUUGACCGUCGAUCCCGACGAUUUUCACCGAGUGCUACACACCAAGGUACAGCAGGCACGGUGAUUUGCGCGUGAGUUAAUUUAUAAUGGUAGCAGACUUGCAGCACAUAUUACUUACUCCUUCCCCCGCCCCCACCUGAACUCGGUGUCAGGACAGAGUCAAGAAGACCGAAGGCGGGGAGGGCACAGGUGGAUGGUGUUCCACUCCCCAUCCUCUGGUCCUCGCAGCAACUGACCAGGUUCUUGACCACAAACAAUAGCAGCAACAACAACAACAACAACAACAACAACAAAACCUCGACAUGGGUACGAAGGACGAGGAUGAUGACUAGGAAGCCAUGCUCACCACACGUAUACCCAACAGGAGCGUACGCGCAUCUACCUAUAGGGAACCAGGUGUCAGGAAACUACCAGCGCAUACCAGGCUGCGAGGGACGUGGUUUGUUGAUACUGGUGUAGCACACGCUUUCACAAAUGUUGACCACAUAAAACAAACAAAAAACAAACAGACAUACAUACUUGACAGUUUGACCUUCGCGACGGACAAUGUCCACCGUGUAUUCCAAAGAAAGGUGAGAGCAGGCACGAUGACUUGCGUGUGUAUCAAUUUAUGGUGAGAGUAGACUUGCGCUACAUUGACCGCACUCUCUCCCCUCUGGGGCUAGUGUCAAGACAUGGUCAAGAAAGUCGGAGAAAAGAAAGGGCGCAUUUGACUAAAACGGUCAGACCCGCACCCAGGUAUACAAUCCCACGCCCCUUGGUCCACACAGCAUAUGGCCUAAAUUUUAACCAAAACAACAACAACAACAACAACAGUGGGGGAGGACAGAAAUCCAAACUGACUCGACCCAAGCCGACAACUGGACCUAGAGUGACAACCUCGAUGUUGGUCUUUGUCAUGUUGUGCACUAUGACAGCACAUUACAGAAUCCAGCAUCUAGUGCAUCUGCAGUUGGCCCCGUUUUGGCGGCAUACAUACACACAUACGGCCUGACAUGGUCACACGUAUUUUGAGUGGACGAUUUCGCAGGUUCGUUGUGGUUUAAAUCAAAAGAGUGCUAUCAUACAAGACAGCAAUACUUGCCAUGCAUGGUGCGGAAUUACUGAAUCAUCUCACCUCUUGGCUGUAACUCAUUUGGAAGAGUUCGAGAUUUGGUAACGCUUUUCGUAAGGUAGAGAGCUCUGUCCACUAACGAGUUUGGUUGCACGCCAUUGAACUUUUUUUUAACAACGCCUUAGUGUUUGGCGGCUCGGGUUUUCCGCGCCUGAAUGGAAGACUCAGACUGUGGCCACACAGACGUUCUUCAGACUUAAACGAAGCGGUCUUCAGUGUAGGUGGACAAAGCCCGUUGACGUAGUACGAAGCUGGCGUCGCGGAAUUCGGUACCUUUGAUCACGGCAGCAAAGCUUCAAAUGAAGCUGUCAUCCACACACUGGAGUCCUUAUAAACGUCUACUUCCCGUAAUGGCUGGCCCUUUUGAUGGUUAGGAGACAAAGUUCGGCCAAUUCGCAGGAUAGUGUGCUGGGUCAUAGUAAACGACAAAGGCCAGUCGGGCGACAGUUUCUUAAACCUAAAAAGGUUCCCCAACAAUUUAUUUUCGUAAAAAUCAGUUCGGAUGAUGCUACGAGGCCCGACCUUAAUAGUAAACAUGGGGACAUGUGAAUUAAGUUGACUUCCGCAGUCGUUGACGGAUACAAUCAGCAGUGCUUGACGGAUAAUGGAGCCUCGAGGAACGCCGUUUUCAAGCUUUUGCAGCUCAACUUCAGAGAUAUAACAUGGAAUGAUGGGGAGUUAGAUCCAGUUUAUAACUACAAAACCUUACGUCUCGAGUUUCUUUUAACUGUUCAAAUUUACAAUGCGUCUUAACUAUGUAGGUCGAUAGUAAAUUGUUAAUCUUUUAAAAAUGACAAACUACUGGAAAAAUGAACAAGGGACAUACACAUUUUCCAGUCAACCAAAGGCCCUGCUGCACCAAAGCAAAUACAGAACAACGGAUGCAAGGUACACUUUUAACUAUAAUGACAUCUUCAGCGAAUAUGAACGGCGCUAUCAGAACUUGAUGUACGACAGACGAGUAAUCAGAGGGAAUACAUUCUCGCGACACUUCUGGCCUUCGAACGUUAAGGAUGGGUCAGAUGACUUAUCUGCACACGCCAAAGAUAAAAAAAACUCAAGACGUUUAAGAAAACCUACUGAGGUUUGUGCCCUAUUGAAAACCUUUAUGAUCGUGCACAUACUGUAGAUUUUUGCAUGUGCUGACCCAUAGGCAAUAUGUACAAUUUUAAAUAAGGUUCUUAGAGAACAAGCUGAUUAAUGAACUAAGUAUUAGACCAACCGACCUCUAAUUUCGUUCGCUGUCUGCAGGCUACGCCUUCGAACGUACACGUUUUAGCAAUUCUCCCCAGUAAAAGUGUUUUUUAUACAGCCAGCAUAUUAUGCGUCAGACUGCUAAUUGAAAAAAACGCAUUUUAAUUCUCGAUUCGGGGCAUAUACAAACACUCGUGGAAUACUGCAUCUGUAUGAUAUUUUUCCCAGGUAAAGCCGCUUGAUCCGCUACCUGUCGAAGGCAGACAACAUGCUGAAGUUCAGUCAGAAUUGUACCUGGAGGAGCUUUCUGAUAAGGUAGAAGAAACUGAAACCGACUGUCAGACAGACCCGUUUUUGGACCGGCCACCUUCUCCACUAUUUAUUCCGUCUAAGUCAGGCCUUGACAAGGCAACGGAAAUUCUGCCAGAUGACGUAAAUUACCCAGGUUUAUUUUUUAUUCGGUAAAAGUCUAAAUAACACUUUUGUUCCGCUUAUUGUUUUUGACCGACUAAACGUACGCAAACCCUAAUGUUUAUAUCAGGUUACUAUGUUUGUAUGCAGCGAAUAAUCCUAAAAGUUUGGGUUUUACGACAAAUUUUCCAUUACAUUUCUGUUAAAGUGUGUUUUUGAACUGUAGAUAUUGUUUUAAAUAUUUUAGCAGAGACACUCUUUUUGGUUGGUCUAGUGCAAAGUGAUUGUGUGACGAAAAUAUUUUUCUAAAAACUUUGUGGGAUGCUAGGAAAACACUUUUUAUUAUAAUAACCGUGUAUGCUUAUGCUUUUUUAGCAGUUAUAAUAUGAUAUUGCAAGAAACUGUAAGAGUAUGACAUAAGUUGCUUUUAUUAGCAAACACGUAGAUCAAGCUAAGUAUACAUCACCAAAACCUUGCCAAAAUACAAAACGUCUGCUUUUUAUUUAACGUUGAAUAUUAUAUGCAUAUGCUCGUUUGAGAUUCAUGCUUAUCCAUUAAUUUUGUACUUUAAAUUCAUGUUUUAUUAUUCGUUGGACAUUUUGCAGUUUUUCUCAUUUUAUUAAAAAAUCUUCGCGCCGAGUCAAAAUACAAUACUAACACUCCACAAAAAUACAGCUAUUCUUCUUUGACGUGGAAGUCCGGCCAAUUCUUGAAAUUCUCGUUGGAAAGACAAUCGAGCAGGCACUUAUAGAAGUUCUCGAAGAGGAGGAGUUAGCAGCAAUCAGAGAUCAACAAAGACAGUUUGAAGAGCUUCGGCAGGCCGAUCUAGCCGAACAACAUCGUCUUGAGGAACGUGAAAGGAGAAUGAGGUUUGCAUAAAACACAACGUUUUUUAACUGAUUAGACACAUCAAUAUAGGCCUUGUCAUAUCAUUGUAGAUGAAAAUAACCUUGUUCAUAAGGCUUAAGCUAUCACAUGUAGACAGAAUGCUUCAAAUUGCCCAUACGUUUCUAUUGCCCGCACUUUUGAAGAGAGGAAAAAGAACGAAGGAAGCGGCAGCACCUAGAGGUCAGUGAGCGUCAAAAAGAGCUGGCGGAAAAACUAGCAGCUCGGGCUUUUAGCAGGAUGUACAUGGAACCACUUGUUCCAACUGUCUUCGAUCAUCUCUAUGAGAACGGCUACUUCUAUGAUGUGGUCGAAAGGGGUACGUUUCAUGUUUUUUUAUGUACAUGAGCUUUUGCGCAUUUGAGAACAUCCGUUUAAGAACUCCUAUUGCUUAGAGCUACAAAACAUUUUGAUAUCUAUUGUUGUUAGAGACAGUAUUUCUCCUUUAAACAGGAAGAGCACGUAAAUCAAAGCAAUAUGAGCAUCCAAAGAUCCGGUAAACCCUUAACUAACUGAAUACUAGUUGGCUGACUAAUUUGGUGUAGUGAUCGUGGAUGUUAACGUGAGCCACUAGAAUACACACAUGCUUAUGGUCCAAGGACUACGUUGGACGACACACAAACAGUUAUCUGAUGGCAAAUGUAAUUUGCCGCGUCGAAACUCCAUCACGUGGUCAUCUUCUAAUUGUCUGAUUUGCCAUCUAUAUAUGGACGCAGGCGUUUGCGCUAUCCGAGGGCCCACUUAUUUUUCAGCCACCGACGCGGGUGCGCCGAGUGGUGGGUCAGCAAUCAGAUGCUGGCCUUGCCACCAGUAGUAGAUCUUGCUGCAUAUUUAAGAAACAGUAUCUCACCGUUCGAUAACGAUGUGCAUGCCUGCAUUUGGAAUUAGAAGUCCUUCAAAAAAUUCCCUACUUUAGUGUUUGCGCCAUUUCUUAGAUAGUCUUUCUAUUUCACUCUCAUUUCCGUAAUAAAUGCCAAAAGAUUGGAAUACUGGAAUAAUAAGACUGUCUUUUGACGUAGGGUAUUAAAUGGGGCGUCCAUUGCAAAUACAAACAUUCAUAGACCUUUGCUUUGUAUAUACUUGCAGUUCAUUUGACAGUCAGAUCAGCCAGAUAUCAUUUUCAAUUUUUGUGUGUCGCUCAGUUUACACAACCUUAUUUAGGUAAAAUAAUGGAAAUUCUGCAAUGAUCACGUACGAAAAAACAGUGGUAAUUUGUUCCGUGGGACAAAUACCUUCUUAGGAGAUGAAAGUAACUUUUAUACCGCUUCCGUUCACGUGUCUGGUUGGUUUUUUGCAUUUCGGUCCUAUUUCAUUUAAUGUUUUGCAAAACCGUUAGAUUUGUCAUCCCAUAUAAAGUGGAAGGAGCAGCCUAGAGUACGGUUACUGAAACUUUUAAUAUUUAAAAAGUUACCUAAAAACAUACCCGAGGCCGUACGACUGACUGCUUUUUAAGUAUUUUUAAGAAAGUGCUGAUUGUGUCUACAAAGGAUAAAUUUAAACAAUGAGGCUGGCUUAUUUCUCUGAGUUAUAGUUCCUUUAAUUAGACAUUUCAUUUUCUUGCAGAUGUCGAAGUGAAUUUCCUGCCGUGGUUAGUUGACGCUGUUGGAGAUGAAUUAGAUCUCGAGACCAACGUCAGAGGCCUUUUGGACAUGAUGAUACGUGAGGUGUGUUUAGAUUUCGAUCCUAUGUCCUAGAAGAAGGCACAACUAUCAACAACCACUCUUUUUACCUAAUGAACUCUAGUCUUUUGGUAAUUUGGCAGCACCAUCGGCAGACUUUAAGUGAGUUCUACAUGAUAACUGUUUACCACUGUCAUUCAGCUCUGGCUUCCUGCUUACGAGAUAUGACUGCGCUAAGUUCACGGUCACAAAAGGUUACCUUCGGGAAAUAUGCAUUCCCGGCCUUUGCCUUCGACGCGAAAAUGCCUGAGCACAUAAAUAGACUCCACUCUUGGCGGAUGCAGACGGUGUUGCAGCCAGAGCCCCGUCCUAUUCAUGCUGCCGACAUACCAACGUUGUCAUUCAAUUGCAAAUUCAUCGCACUGAGGUAGGAGAACCAAUUUUGACGGCUCCUACACACAUUCAUCACUCCCGUCCUACCAGUUUGCACUAUCCUAAGACACUCAGACGCCACAUAUGUCUUUCUGGGCAUAUUUGUGUCACCAUGAGGAUCUUAGGUAAGAAACCGUAGUCUGACCCCACCAAUACACCUCAUCGUAGCUGAGCACACACAUAUCCCCACACUGUCUGGGGACCUAUUUCCAAACACGCGCAUACAUGCCAUCGCCAUAAAUCCUGCAACACGCAUCCGGUCCGCUUUUUCUCCGCCUAUCUGGGGGAUAGUAAGUUGCACUUCAAAAGUUUAACUUACCAUUCACAUGAAAAGUAAGAUCUGGCGCAUGCUGUGACACCAAGUUGCGUACACAAGCGGGCUGUCCGUUGCUGAGUCCAGUCUCGUCACCAUGGCGCCAGGCCGGAACAUGGAAGAAGGGAGAUGGACCGAGGCGAACACUGUCGGACCCAUCUUCACGCCGAAAUCAGCAAAUGCCUCACUACAUUAACUCCGACGCGCUGCAGUUUGUAGCAAAGGAAGCUGCAAACUGACGGGGCAACUCGCUCCUUAUGGGAGUAUUCCGGACCAAGAUUCACACCCAACUGGCUCCCCUCUAAAUUAGCCUCACAACACGGUCACGUGUGUGCGCCAGCGCCAGCGCCCAUCUCCGAUUGUGUUAACACGAUCUCGUCAUUAGAAUCAGGAGUGUACGCGAGGAGAGAGUGCGGCAUAUGCUGCAAAGGUCUGCCUCGCCAAAACUUAUUUACACGCAAGCUGCCGACGCUACGCCCGUCAAGUCGGCCACGCAGAGGAUGUCGUUGUUCGCGGCAGUCGAGAUGUCGUUUAUUGCCUAGGCCCCCUUAUGUGACCUCUGAUUGAUCCCCCGAUUUUGUAUUUAUGGGAGAGUCUGAAGUUGUUUUAUAGAAGUAGGUUCCACGGCUUUCGUGUUGCCUACCUCUUGAUUUACACUCUUCAGACUGAGUAGCACUUUUUUCAUUUCAUUCAUUCUGUCCUCAGUGUCCUGAAUUGCGGACAAUAGUAGGCAUCUGAAUUUCUGACGUCCCAAAUGCAUGCAGCACUGCCCCUAUAAUUAGAGCGUGUUGUAGUCUUAAAGUUGAUCUCGGACAUGGUCUUCCCAGAAUGAAUUUGAACAGACCAAAAGGUCGUGAAACAUGCAUAAUCUAAUGGCGUUCUAUCAUGCCGUAACUACUCGUUCGACUCCUAACAGUCGCAGUGCAUAUUUGAAACUGUCGGCUUGGUAAGAACACGGCCCAGAGUGGUCAAGCGGGAUAGGUGCAUAAACGGCGAAAAAUGUUGAUCGGAUGUGCGGGUGAGCGUGGUGCGAUAUGAGGUCGAUCAUGGGAUCCAGCCACUUACAUGUUUAUGAUUUUCUCUUCCGUAUUGCCGAGACUUCUUAUAAGUGUGGGAGAUGCUCGAAGUAGGACGUUAAACGCAGCGGAUUGUAUGAACGGUGUCCACUAGGUCCUUGGUAAUUGAACUUUUUGCUGUUUUAAUUUCCAUACCUAGAAUCCGUUUUGACACACCUAUAGCUGUCCGAGUUGUUAGCUGCCUUUAUGCAGCCAUAUCUAAAUUCAAAGAUACACUAUGGUAUGACACAUGUACGCAGAGUAUGUUUAUGUGCCUAGCCCCUCCAACCGCCCUCAGCCGUUUUUCUGUUAAACACUGGUUUUAAGACAUCUAAUCCGCCCUUCAACCUCCAUUAGGUGGUUACGGAAAAUCACCAGACCUACGCAGCUCUAGACGCCGCAGAAAUUGCCGUAAUGCUGUCUGAAGAGCAACAAGCCAUGCUGAACCAGCUGCAGUCGACAGCAGUGGGUUCCAGCACUACACAGGCGGCUGAAAUAAGGGCAGCGACAAAACCGAGUCCGACGUCCCAGAAUGGACCCGCGGGCAGCCAGGGCCAAGUUGGUGCACGCGCAGAGACAAACCUGCCCGAGAAGCCCAAAGAGGAUGCGGCUCUGGAGAUAAUUGAGGAGACCAGUGAGAAUGGAGAGGAACAGAAAAACGAUGAGAAUGUCGAGGACGAAGCGGAAGAGGUGAGUGGGUCUGGAUAAGCGUUGCGUUCGUCUUGCCGCAAUAACGUUUGUUCAGAAGUGAUUGUGUACGAUACACGAUGACUGACAGUCGAUAUUGCGGAAUUCAGCGAAGAAAAAAUGAAUUGGUGGGGGGGGAGGGCUUUUUAGGUUCGAAAUGCUGAGGCGAUCAAUGACAAACUUUUGGGAUUAAUGUGUGACUGUCGUUGGCUGUUCCGCGUAAACCAGGGAACUCUGGUAGAUUUAAAGCUCCCCCGACAUGCACCGUGCGCAUGCAUGUGUUCUUGGUUCAUGUGAGGAUACAGAGCCAGUUAUGGCCUUGCUGGAGCAGAAUCCGAGCGUUAAUAAAUUCCGAGACAGCACGUAGGCUUCGGCAGUCGCAUUUACUCAAUCUCUGUUGAAUAAUUUCGGGCAGUGCGACACGACCUGGAUCAUCAGCAGUAUGGGGGCGCUCGGUGAUGGGAAAUUUCACAGGUACUAGACAGUUUUCACUGCUACAGCCAUUCUACACUCGCCAAGACUGAAUAUGGUUGGACGGUACUGAGUGUGAACUUGAAUUUUUUUUCUAAAAAGCUAAUGGCCGUUGAAUUAAGUCUUCCCUUUUCGUCAUUAUACGCAGACGGAGUUAAGGCAAGCGUGUUCUGUGUUCGAUGAUCCUAGUUCACGUUGGAUGAAGUGAAUCAAGACUAGGACUGGAUUGCAAAACAUUUCGCACAAUAACUGGUCGCUAGGUGACUGUCUGCGAUGGUUCUAGACUGGAUAUCAAGGCAAGACAUAUCGGGUACGUUCUCAACCCAGUGUAUACCUCCGAUCACAAUCGACACGACAACGGGCGCAUGACCAUGUGAUAGAUCUCUGGACCUAGGCACAGUCAAUGAUUAAAAAACCUGGAUUCGAAUCCCAGCCUAAACGUCCACGAGAUUGAACAUGGCCGACUGACGGCCGUCCGGUUCUCGCUUGAUUUUGUCAGCAUCCCUUCUGCAGGACUACUGGUAAAUAUAGAGAUUUUGCAAGGGCUUUGGACUGAGCCCCAAGGUGUGACUGGGUGGGUGUAUCUCGUCAGCUGAUCGUCGAAUGCCCUUCCCACGAUGUACGCAUAUUAAUUUCGGACUGCCAGUAGUCACUAAUCUCGAUAAAUAUUACCGAAGAAGACCUCCAAGACUACGCUGUCUUUAGUCCCACUCUAAAAUGUCCCUUAGUAGACUUGGGGUUUCCCAGUUCAUCCAGUUUGUCAUAAAACUUGGUGCCUUCCAAGUUGAGCUAAAGACUCACGUUGUAUCGGUUAUGAUGAGAAAAAUAGAAACUGCUUGUGCCUAUAGUUCACUCACCUUACUCAAUGGCAGGAUAGGAAAUGGACUUUCCGUCAAAUAUCCACCGGCUGAAGCUGUACUAUGUUCGAGCGUCGUUUAAGCUUCAUCUAACCCUGUGAACGAGGAAAGGUGCUAAAUUUGGAGAUUCGACGUCGAAACCCCCGGCCCCACCGUACCCCUCUGUUGACCGGAACUCACCAUUUCAAUGUUCAUGUGGCAAGAGUCGGGGAGAGAGUAGGCGGUAAUUUAUUCGCAGUUGAUUCUUUUGCACUUUGCGAAUUAAGAGCUGUCGGCAGGGCGGAAAGUCGAGAAGGAGAUGUAGGGGGUCGGGGGACACGUUUGUUCAAAUCCAAAAAUUAGACUGUGCGUAGAAUCCUAGGUCUCUUUAAUAGGUAAAAGUGAAAAGGCACUAUCACAGCAAAGGCAUUUGUUAAGAAUUUACUAUAACGGGAGAACCGCAGUACAACGUGCGGUGACAGUUCGACUCUCAUCCUAUAGGAAAUCACUGUUUGGAUCGGAAUUUUAGGUGGGCUUUCGCCCCACACUUUCUUGCCCGACUUGGCAGUGCAUGCUCCUAUUCAAGUUGCAUUCACCUUGAAGGGAAUAGGGUUGCAACGGCGAAUCAGGCAUGACUUGUCGCAUAAACCGUCGAAACAAGAAAUGAAUAAAUGUCCGGCUUGUUAUACGGUGCCCGCGCAGGGAGUAUAGCAAAGUAAUUUCGCCGUAAAUAUAAACAAUAUUUAAGAGAAGGAGGCGGUGUCGGGAAUAAAUAUACUUUGAAGUCAAAGGCCUUCUCCGGGAAUGAAACUCUAUUGCUUAAAUUUUCGACGCUGGUUCCUAGGUUCGUCUGCGAGUGACGACGACCUGGGAACCAGCGUCGAAAAUUUACUCAAUAAAGUCCCCUAUCCCAAAGAACAUCUUUGACGUCAAGCCAUGUUUCUUAGGAUGCCUGCAUCCCAAUACAUAUGUAUACAUACAUAUAUAUAUACUACUGACCGUCCGUUGGUUGAUCAUGAGCACUAUAUGAUUUUCUGUUUAAAUACUCAUGCCCACUGUUGAUCUAAAAUUGAAGAGGUCUACCCAGAGGACUCUACUCCAAUCACACCGAAUAAUGAAUAACGAAAGCAAGACAUUUGCCACAUAGUUAUGUUGCUUUAAAGGCAUCUAAGCGGUACUGGCCAUCGGAAUAACUUUUCCAUCGACUCAGUAACAGAGCUCCAGCGAGUCAGGUGAAUUCUUGCCCAAAGAAGCAGUCAGUCGUCCUUGAUCUUUUAUUUACUGCCGUCUGACAUUUACGCGCAUUUAGCUUCUUCUUAUCCUCUUCAGAGGCUCAGUGACGAGGAGUAA